AUGGACUCACAAGCUUCCGAUCAAGGCGUACAAGAGGCGAGCGCGAGGGGCGGAGCCUGCCUGGCGAGCGCGGGGAAUGCGCGGUGUGAGUGCCCAGGAGAAAGGCGCGCGCUCCAGUUCCGGGUCAGGCCCUUCGCCCUCCUCCCUCGCCCUCUGGCCUCCGGCAGGGCGAGUAGCAGCGGCGCCGGGGCGGCGGCGGCGAAUCUGAAUGCGGUGAGGGAGACCAUGGAGAAAUCUCUGCUUGAGAUUUCAAGAAUUUUGAAUACUGGAUUAGAUAUGGAAACUCUGUCUAUAUGUGUAUGGCUCUGUGAACAAGGAAUUAACCCAGAAGCUUUAUCAUCAGUUAUUAAGGAAUUUCUCAAGGCCGCUGCAGCAUUAAAGGCUGCUGAAAAUAUGACGACCUGA